AUGCAGAGGGAACAUAAAUCACAGCCUCGACGUCUGGAGACUCCAGAUCGUGGGGAGUCCCGACGACGAAGGGCUGAUGAUAGAACCAGAAGCAGUCGUAGCCGCACCCGCUGUGACAGUAUUAGGAGUCUUAACGAACGUGAGCGACUCCGAGUAGCAGAACGAGAGCUGGCUCGCGAACGGGAGCGGCUACACAAUCUCCAGAAUGACGUGAUUAUGGAACGCAGUAGGAGGCUACGCAGUGUGAGUAAAAAUCGCGAUUUCGAACGUCAUGAUUCCUAUAUUUCUGGGCGUGAUAUAACCACUGGGCGUAAUGUUCGAUCUAGAAGUAGGGCGCUUGACCAAGGGGUGGAUGAUCGCCCCAAAAGAAGGCGAAUUCUAGAACAUGGCCAACGAUCUUCCAGUCCCUCGUUCUCAACUAAAGAUGUAGCUAAUAUUCUUAAAUCACUUAAACACUUACAGUCACAGCCGUCGACGUCAACCACAGUUGCUUCUAUUAAUUCAAGUAGCUAUAAAAAUAUUUUACCUGAUUUUGAUCCAUCGUCGAAAAAUCAACGAAUAGAUAUGUGGUUAAAGAAAGUAAAUGAGUGUGCAACAGUCUACGGCUGGGACGACAAAACAACAAUCCAUUACGCCAUGCAAAAGCUCCAGGGUUUGGCCAAGACCUGGUACGAGAGUUUACCUUCAAUUCUUUUUAAUUGGAAUGAGUGGCAAGAUAGGUUAAUAAAUGCUUUUCCAUAUGAAUAUAACUAUGGCCAAGCUCUGGAAGAUAUGUUGAAACGAAAGAGCAAGUUUAACGAACCUAUUGAAGUGUAUUAUUAUGAGAAAUUUGCACUUUUGAACCAAUGCGACAUUGAAGGAAAGCGCGCGGUCGAUUGCAUUAUACACGGCUUAACAGACAAAACUAUGAAAUCAAGCGCUACCACAUUACGUUGUUUACAUCCGGAACAGUUGCUCAAAUUUUUAAUGAGUAAUAAAGAACUCAAUCAAUCUUUUGAACGAACUUACAAUAAAUUUAGGUCUGGCAUAAAUACAAAUGUUAUUAGCGUUAAUAAUAAUAAAAGAUUAGCAAAUAAAAAUAACCUUGUCCACAAUAAUAAUAUAUAUUGUUAUAACUGUAAGGAAAAGGGUCAUCCAUUCUUAAAAUGCCCCAAACCUAUUAUAAAGUGCGGUAAAUGCAAUAAAAUGGGGCAUAAAACAGAAAAUUGUUUCGCUGUCAUUAAUGACGGUAUGAGCGGCCCUGGAGGUCUACUCUAA